GUUGGGAAGUGACAACUGAUUUACAGCUGUAAAAUGAUCAAGAGACUGAUAUAUCUCACCUUUCUUAUAUCACUAUGGAUGGGUGGCAUGGCACUGAAGACAGUGAUAGUUGGAGCAGUCUUGACCAUAUUUGUGACAUACAUCAUCCUUCCAUUAGUAUAUCACAACUGCCCUGCUCUUCAAAGGCAUCUUGUCUUUCUGACUUUUGUCAAUUACCCCAAAAAUGUAAACUUUGAUGAGCCAGAAAAAGAAGGGUUGCCUGGUACACGUAACUUCUACAUUGAGACAGAGAAAGGUGUCAAAGUUGGAGUAUGGCACAUUCUUCCAGAGUCACUAAUAGCAUCAGUUCCUAAAGAAAAUUUGGAUGAUCGAGAAAGUUGGUUUAUUAAGACCUUAAGUGACCACAGGCCAGUCAUACUCUACCUUCAUGGCAACACUGCUUCUCGAGCAGUUGCACACAGAGUAGAACUCUACAAUGUGCUCAGAAAAAUGGAUUACCAUGUAGUGGCCUUUGAUUACAGAGGAUAUGCAGAUUCCACAUAUGUUCAACCAAAUGAAACAAGGGUUGUACAUGAUGCCAAAGUAGUCUAUAGAUAUGUUCGGGAGAGAGUUGGCUCAUCACCAUUUUUUGUCUGGGGUCACUCGCUUGGAACAGGGGUAUCAACACAUGCCGUAGGGGAUCUGUGCCUUGAAGGAGAUAACCCAACAGCCGUAGUGCUCGAGUCACCCUUCAACAACAUCAGGGAUGAGAUCAAGUUCCACCCUCUGUCUUCGAUAUUCCGUAAGAUGCCAAAAUUUGAAUGGUUGUUCCUGAAACCUCUGGCUGCCUCAGGCAUUGAUUUCCGAAGUGAUGAUCACAUUGCCAAUAUAAAUGCUCCCAUACUAAUCAUGCAUGCUGAAGAUGACUUAGUUGUUCCCUAUGCAUUAGGUCGUAAGUUGUAUGAGACAGCAUUAAAAGUUCGUUCAAAUGAUGCACCACCCAUCAAGUUUGUGGGUUUCGAUGCCAAAUAUGGUUAUGCACACAAGUUCAUUUGUCGGGCUCCAGAAAUGCCAGAGAUUUUAAGGGACUUCUUUUCAAGGGCAAUUGAAGGACCAAAUUAAAUAGAUCAGCCAAAGAUCUAUAUGCUAUAAUGGAUUACAUGCAUUUUGCAAACUGAAUGCACAAUAUAUUGAGGAUAAUACUCAUUGCAAAAAAGUAAGUAUGUCUAGAUAUCAUGGGUAAGUGAUAAAGAAGUGUGUUGGGACCACCUAAUUUUUAUC